AUGUUCGAUACCUUGUCCGGAGAGGAGGAGGGUGACGAAGACGAGGAAUACAGAGACCCCGACUCCGAAGAUGAAGAGCAAGAAGGUACCGACUCGCCACUAAAGCAUCUCUGGCCUUUCAUUCACGCUCUUCUCUGCAACGAUCAUCGCCAUUGGUUUUGGCUGAAGUUCUACUACGACGAAUGGCAAAGGCACGUUGCACGUGAGGACUCUGCCGUUGGGGAUUCGGAAUAUUGGUCGGAUUCCGAGUCAGGGACCGUAACAGCUGAUGCAGGUCGCAAUGAUUGGUCGGAUUCUGAAUCGGCUAGUGAGGCUGAAGACUUCUCCGGCGGCUACGCAACACCGCGAGCAGAGCCGUGCAGUCCUUCCCCAGAAGAGAAUGAGGAUGAGGUAGAGGAAGACCUGGUGGCAAGCAUGAGAAAGCGGGACGCCGAUGCCAGCAGCUCCGAUUCCAGCGAUUCCGAUUCCAACAGCGCCGCCAAUGCCACCAUCCUCACGCCCGGCUGGUCGCGCAGCAUCAGUGAAAAACUGCACGAUGGAAUAUUGCAGUCCCUUGGUAGGAAAACGUCCAGCGGCUGCAUCUACAUCAUGCGAACGCCGGCGCACCCGGGCCUCAUCAAGAUUGGCAAGGCGAAGGAUCCGACCAAACGCCGAAAUGAAAUAGAGCGUGACUGCAACCUAGAUGACCUGAGGGUCCUGCACGUGUGGCGGGAUGUGCCGCACCACGAACGCGCGGAGCUGCUGAUAGGGCGAUAG